AUGGAGUCCAUCAGAAAAUGGUUCUACAGACCUAAGAGAGACGAUACGAGUUUACUGGCUCAAUUUUUCUACGCUAAUGAAGCCCUCACAGCGGUGGCUUGCGAGCUGGACUCAUUCGACGGUCGACAGGAGCCAGAGCGUUGCACAACCCUGGUAAACCAGUUACGGCAUUGUCAGGACAAAGUUUUAACGAUCUGCAAUCAAAUAAUGGACGAGCUGAUACCGGACAGCCGAGCGAACCGGGAUUUUCGCGUUAAAUUCCCGGACGACGUGAUGCAGGAGAAUUUGGCGGGUCAGCUCUGGUUCGGCGCCGAGUGUCUGGCCGCGGGCUCAUCAAUAAUGAACCGCGAGGUUGAAAGUUCAGCGAUGAGACCUUUAGCCAAAGCACUCACUAAAUCUCUCGAAAUAGUGCGGAAUCUUUUGCGAGAGCACGCGCUCAAAGGUCACAUGAAUUUAAAGGAGCUGUUCCAGGUGCACAAUCCCAUGGAGACGGAAAAAUUGAUCGAGUCGCUGAAAAUAUUCGACAGAUUGUUUGCCGAUUUCGAGCUCUGCUACGUUGCGGCAAUGGUGCCAGUUAAGUCGACAAAGGAGUACGAGCAGCAGGAAUUAGUCUGUGUUUUGUUCUCGGAAACACUACAGAGAGCUCUAGAGCGCGGGUUGCUAAAUCAAGCUGAUGUCGACAACUAUGACCCUGCUCUAAUGUUUACCAUUCCGAGGCUUGCUAUUGUUUCUGGGCUCUUGGCUCCUCCUGGUGGUCCUCUGUGCCUCAAUUCUGCUGAUACAAUCAGCGAAAUGUUUAGGCCAUUUAGAAAUCUUUUGUUAAAAAUCCGCGAACUCCUCUGGACUCUGAACAACCGCGAGCUGUACAUGCUCGAAAAGCUCCUGUGCUCAAACGAAGAACCAUCUGUCCCAAUAUCCCCCUCAACACGAAACGCCUGUCAGCACGAGCUAGAAAACUUCGUCCACAAUUUUUACUCCGACUACCCGAACUGCAAAAACUUCAUUGUAGAUUUUUACACCGUAACCAAAAACAAUGGCACGAACAUGGACGAAGUGGCUAAUGACGUGGUCGAAAUAAUGACCCAGGAGAGCAAUGUGGGAGUUAAUGUUAAAGGUGAAAGAAAAUUACAGCAAGCUGUAUCUGUAUCAGGUAACAGCGAGGAUGAGGAUAAUCACCGUACCAUUAUCACCACAACAGUGGCCGCGUAUCCACACGCCUAUUCGUCAUUGUUAAAUGGAGGAGAAUCAAGUUUGCGAGUGGUAAUUGAUGAUGAUGAUAAUGGUAACAGUAACAGUAACAGUAACAGUAACAGUAACAGUAAUACCAAUACCAACACUAACACCAAUACUAAUGCCGAUUCCGAUAGCCGUCGUCGUCAAGAUCACCUGUUAAUUAAUUCAGUAAAUCGACGAGAAACUCCCUCAGUAGUCCCGAUAAACGAGGAUCAAAGAGCCGAUAGAUUCCAUCACAAUCACAAUCACAACCACAAUAGUCGUAAACUUACAGCGCAAUUAAUUUCUACUACUAAUCCAGCUAAUAGUAAUAGUACCGAACAGUCUGGUCUUGAUUUUAAUUCAACCGAGUCUCAUUACACUGCAAGUAAUGAAUCAUUACAAUACCAAGAUGACCAAAUAGGAAAUAAAAAUUAUGAUAAUACCCCAGAUAAUUUUUAUAACAAUAAUAAUGAUAAUAUGUCGAGUCAAAAUCAGAGUCUCAGUACAAAUGUUAAUGUUGACUUGCCACAAAAUUAUCUUAUUACACACGAUAAUAAUAAUAUUACAGAUGAUAAUUCACUUGUUGAUAAUAAUAAUAAGAAACUUAUUUCAGAAGCUAAUAAAACUCUUUCUAAUUUAUUAUUAGAAGAUUGCGGUAAUGAAAUAUCAGAACAAACUGACUCGGGUAUUUGCACAGUUAUUUCUUCAGAAAAUACCAGUUUGUAUGAUAAGAGCCCGGAAGAGAAAAAAACUUUUGCCAAUGAAAUAGAAGAUGAUAAAAAUUUAACCUCGACUUCGGAGUCUUGUGUUUGUCCCUUAAGAUGUAAUACGUUCGAUAAUAAUUGUGUCUCCAAUAGUAGUAAUAGUAAUUGUAAUUGUAAUAAUGAAACGUCCAAAAUAUCCGAUAAAAUAUCAUCAAAUUUUAACGGAACCAAUGAAGAAUUUGUGGGUCUGGCUUAUGGAAACGGACAGGUGUCUGUCUGUGACUCUAACACUUCAAUACAAAUAAAUUAUUCCGACAAUUGGGAGAAUUUAAAUCUAAAUAUAAACCCAUCAACAGCAGCUACGACCAAAGAAUUCUGGCAGGAUAUUAAAUGCAAAAAUUGUCCGUCUACGUCACACCAGGAUAUAAAUAAUAAAAUAGGAAGUAAUAUCGAGCGAUACGCCCAGCACAAAAUGUCAGUACGUAAGGCCAAAGAAUUUAAAUUAAAAAAGCGUCAGCGAAGAUUUGAGCGUAAAAUAGUUAAAAAAAAUCACAGUAGUGUCCAGGAAAAAUUGGCUUAUAAUUUGUCACUGAGUACAGAGAGCUCGAGGUCUAAUUCUGUGGAUCGGUGUGUUAAUCCAAGGCUGACUAGCUAUGGAGGCUCGCUGCAUCCCACGCAGAAUAAUAUGAGGCAGAUGCCUAAUUUUAGCAAUCAUCAUCAUCAUCAUCAUAGUCCUCAGAGGAGCAGCUCGCGUUUGAAUUGCCAGUUUGAGUCCUCGCGCAAUGAUAUGUCGCAGAAGAAUCAUAAUUUAGGGCAGAGAAAUAAUUCUAGAGGGUUGUCGCCGCCCAAUCGCAAGCUGCUGGACCACAGGAGGUCCAGAGCUGAGCAGAUUACUAAGAUGAGGAAAAAUUUUAGUGAGAAAAAUAAGGAAGAGAUGCCUAAUGAUGGACUUGGUCGCAGGACGGAUAAGACUGGGAUUAUUAGUCCUGCUAUAGAUGCAAUUGAUGAUGAUGCGACUGAUGAUGCUAAUGUUAGUGGCAGUCAGAGUGAAUUGAGGGACAAGUCUCCGAAAAAUAGGGGGGUUCAAAAUCCUAAGAUAAAUAUCUCCCUGGUUCAGAGAUCUAAUCAGGAUGUCGACUCGAGUUCUAGCUAUGAUUCGAGCUCUGAGACUAGUGAGUUUCAAAGUGACUGUCAGGAUGACGAAGAGAUAGCCCUGGCGAUGCAGGCCGCGGAAAUUGCGAAUAGAAAUCAGAUUAGAGCUAAGUUUAGGUCUUCUGAAGAUUUGGUUCAUAGGUUGUUUGUUUGCAUCGCGGGGGUCGCUGAUCAACUGCAGACUAACUUCGCUUCUGAUUUGAGGAAUAUUCUGAAGUGUGUCUUCCUUAUGAAUAGCACUAGUGUACCUGGGGAGACUGAUCAGGAAAAUGUUGAUGCGAAGAAUAAUAAUAAUAAUAAUAUUGGCGGGACUGGGGAUGUUCAGUCGCCGGCUGAUGAUACUUUACAUUCCACGGAGAUUUUAAGUAGUAGUAAUAGUCUUGAGAGACAAGACUUGAAUCAGGAAGACGAUGAUGAUGAUGAUCAGGAGGAGGAUUCCAUUACCAGCAUUGGUAAUGAUAAUGAUACGAUGUGUCCUAUAACGACAGAACGCGGGGAGGAGUGUGUGGAAAGAGCGCCCGCAUGGAUUCCAGACAACGAUGCUCCGCGAUGCAUGGCCUGUCAAGCGGGAUUCACUGUCGUAAGACGGAGACACCAUUGCAGAAACUGCGGCAAAGUAUUUUGUGGGCGUUGCAGCAGCAACAAUGUCCCAUUACCUCGUUACGGACAUACUAAACCAGUCAGAGUCUGCAACAGGUGUUUUCUCUAUCAAGUCACGCCAUUUACUGUUUCUCAUGUCGCCUCUACUAGCUGA